AUGACUCAUCUGACAACGAUCAGGAACGAUGCCCUGGACAUUCAGCUCAAGGUGUUUGAGGAGCACAGGGAAGAGGAUCUGAUGGAGCUCAGUCACCGGCUGGAGGACAUCAAGAGUGAACUGGAAUAUCCUCAUCUACUAUGUGUUCAACGUGGUUCAGAGUAUGGUGAAGGACACCGAGCAGAGGUCUACUUCCUCUCCAUCCUACAACACCUAAUGCUCAUCCGGAACGACUACUUUGUCCGGCCCCAGUAUUUUAAGAUCAUAGAAGAGUGUUUAUCUCAGAUCGUUCUCCAUCGCAGUGGGACCGACCCAGACUUCAGCUACCGAAAACGCCUUGACGUGGACUUCAGUGUCCUCCUGGACGUGUGUGUGGACAAGGCUCAGGUAGAAGAGUGUGAGCUGAGAGCUACUGACUUGGCUCUGAAGUUUGACGAGGAGUACUUGGGUCGACAGGAGGCUCAGGCUCAGCUGCUUAAGAGUGAAGAGAAGAUCAAUGAAUUGCAGGCAGAGCUACUUGCCUUCAAGUCCCAGGUAACUCCACACCACACCCACAGACAGACAGACAGACAGACAGACACACACCGGGGUUUCUGUGAGGAAAAUGUGGCCCCGGACAUUUGA